AUGACGGACGUCCGAAUUGCUGCCUUUGCAGACGCCGUGCAAAGAUGGGUAGAAGAGGCAUGGGACGCUGUUAAAGACGAAAAUGAGAAAACACCAUUAAUGGAUGCAUUCAAGAAAGAACUGAGAUUGUGUCGCGACACAAAACUUGUGGAAGGGCUCAGUGAGGAUGGAAAUCUCAUUUUGGAAUUUGACAAGAAGGCGGAGGCUUGGCGGACGAUCGCCAAUCUAUUUGUGAUCGGAGAAUUGUUGCAAAGAGAAGGAGAUCAUUGUCUUCCGUCUUUCGCCGGAUCGCAAAUAGCUGGUUUCAAUCAACAGGUUUUCAAAAAACUGUGGAAAGCUUUUGAGGGAAAGAAGGGUUGGCCGGGGAUGGUCCAAAUUGCCAUCAACAGUUGGCAAAAGGCGAAGGCCCCUGCAAGAGAAGUGGUAUGCAGAGAAGUAGGGAUGAGCUCAAAGGUCUACAAGGUGCUUGGAGUUGGUCAGGGGUUUAUGGAAGAGAGGCAUAGGGGUAUAAUCUCCAACUUGAACCUUGCCGCUUGGUACAUCAGCCUUUGCCGAGAGGUUGGUGUUAUUACUGGGAUGUCAUCUUUGACUGAUGUACUGCAGGGUCACACAAACUUUCCUUUGAAUUUUGCGCAGUUGACUCAGUGGACGGGGGGAAUUGACGUAGAACUUGCGGAGGAAUACAAAGGCACAAGAUGGGAACUGAGUGGUCAUCUGGCACUUUUGAUUAGCCCAAUUGGUUUGCUUCAAACCCGUGGUAUUCGUCAUCUCAGUUUGCACAGGGGGGUGCUCCUGCAGGCUCGUCACCAUUUAGCCCAGAGAGAGCGGCCCGCUAGUCUAAUCGCAGUUGAAGACUUCUUGUGGGAGGGAAUAUUGAAAAUGUCCCGAGCUGAGAUGAAUGGUGACCAACUUUUGGAGGAGUUGGCUCGGUUCGAGGGGUGGAAGCAUGUGUCCGAACAAGAUAUGUUUUUUUUCAAUCUGAGAACCACGAUAGAUGAAAGGGCGGAGGCAAUGCCUGCUCUAGCCAACGUCAGUGUGGGUUCGCUGGAUGCACCGCAUAUUAGCACUACAUCAGAACGCAAUGAGACGAACGACCCAGAGGGUGGCGAGGACGACAACAUAGGACCAGGGCGACGAGCUGAUCGUGAAGAAGUGGAGCAAAUGCUUUUUGCCAUUGACGCAGAGUUGGCUUUAAUAUCUGCACAGAGUACGGCUAUCAAAGGUGACUCCACGGUGGGCGAAGAAGCACAUAAGAGUGGACAAACAUGCGUGGAAUCAAACACAGGUUCCGCUGAGACUUCAAGUGGGCACGAGGAGCGAGGUUCUUCUACCGAACGUCGAUCAAAGGAGGCUCCAAGCGAAUCCGAAGACAUGGGCAAUCCACCCCGUCGCAUAAAACGGAGGUCGACAGAUGUAGAAGAUCAUGAUGCGGAUGAUGAGGGGCAAGAUCUACCUCCGGAACGUCGAUCAACAAAGGGCCGAAGUGAAUCCGAAGAUGUGGACGAUCCACCUCAUCGCGCAAGACAGAGGUCCACAGAUGUAGAAGACGACGCGGAUGACGUGCGUGGCCGGUCGACAGAUGACGAGGACGAGUCAGACGAGCUACGCAAAGUUGGUCCAAAGGAAAGCGAGCAAGGAUCGGACGAUGCCAAGGGCGACGAAGAACUUGGCCGUACGACUGGACUUGGAAGAGGGCGCGAUUCGUCUGACUGUGAACGGAAUCCUAAGCGGCGAAAAAUUACACAUCAAGUCCGUAGUUCAGAGGAGCGUAGGAGCCAAGACAGUACGGAUAUCGUAUCAGUAGGCAGCGACAUUAUACGCAUGAAAAAGGAAGAACAGACGAGGACCGAAAGGUUCUUUGAGACGCUGGAAGAGCAGGGGCCGGCCUUUGAGGUUUCCAUCCCAGAGGAGCUGUUUUACAAGAAGGAGUGUUUGUUAUUCGACCAUAGCGGGGAAAUUGGGCUGAAAACAGUUAUCCGGUCACAGCACGAUAUGUCGCUGAUUUCCGAAAUGGCUCUGCAGCUCCAACUCAAGAAUGGACUUAUCAGCGACGUGGAUGUGAAAGGACUCGAGGAUGCCAAAGUCAAUACUCCUACAAGAAUUGCCGGAAAGAAGGUACUUGAGGGUCCUGACCGCGUGGUCUACGUCGAGGAGAAGAUUUGGGCAAAAUGGACCAAAUCUCACCGUCACUCAGUUAUAAAAAAUGCGGGCGUCUGUGUGCGGAGUGGCGGGAAUAAAGCGACAUGCUUUGAUCAGGUGUAUGCAGGGCAAGCCUUGGGGGACCUUGAUAUGCCUCGAUGGGUUAAUGACUGGGGGUUAAUACAAGCAGAUGACAACAGGCAUCUGGAAGAUCAGAUACGCGUCAAGGGCUCCCUAAGGGAUAUUCUGCAUAGUGCACAACGUGGAAACAAGAUCCUGGAUAGCACGAGGAUCGACAUUCACAUGGCUAAUCCAAAGUCGUUUGGGUUGGGUACUGAUGAAGAGGCGAUUCUCUUUGUAAGAAACCUUGAAAAUUUGAGGUUUGUUGCGUUUGGAUUAGGUGGUGGAGAAUGGGGACGGGUAGCUACGGCUAAUGUGAUCCAACGUUGGCACGUAGAGGAUGCAGGGAAGGCAUCCAUGUUGCAAUUAUGUCGGGGUUUGGGGUGCCUGGUCUUUGCGCAACCCAAGAUAGGUAGCGACAGGGAGGGGUUUUUAAGAGUAGGAUUUGAGGAAGCAGAAGAUGAGGGUUGGGAUUACUAUAACGUGAUCCUGGAAAGUGGUGACUGUUGGUUUAUGGGACCGUUGGUACCGCACCUUUUGUUCACCCUGGAACCUUCACUGCUUAAAGGAUCGCAAUUUCUUUUCGCUUGGACGAUGAAGGAAAGCUGCUAUGGUCUUCUUGAUGCCUUCGUCGCCCGCCGGGGUAUAACAGACACAGUUUACCAUGAUACCCUCCGUGUCAUGGUUUGUGUAUUGAUCUUCUGGUCGGAGAAAAUGGACAAGACGUUCCACGCGGGAGGAUACCAGAAGAACAGCCACCAUCUGAACCCAGGGAAGAUGGAGGACCUGAUAACAAUUUUGAUGGUGACUAAUGUGGUUCAGUUGGCGAGAGUGCUCGACACGCGUACAUAUGAAGGGGGCAUGCCUAGUAGUAUUGCGCGCGCAUACGGUGUCGGCGACGCGUACGUCAAAAGGUUGCUACAUUGGCUUGAAGGUAACGUCUGGGUAACGCACAGUGCUGACAAAUCCCAGUCAAACUUUGUGGUUGAUUUCGCCCACGAGUUUCUGAUCGUUCAAGCAAAGGCACUGAUCUUGCGUCGUUGGAUGCUUCAGCAGAGAGAUAUUGCGGGGAAUGUCACACAGGAAUCUGCCCGAGAGGUGAGGAGGGCUAUCGAAGAGGAGAAUUUUGCCCGAGAGAAUUGGUUCAAAAGGUACUGGCCGAGUGAGGAACAAUGGGAUGAAUUGCUCUCUGGAAACAAGGAUAUCACGGUAGAUUUUGCCUGGGAUAAAUCUCCCAAAGGGUUCACAUACUACAUACGUAACGCUGCCUAA